UCCCGGCGUCGCUCCAUUCACGAGGGGGAGGGGCGGGGCCUGGAGGGGGCGGGGCCGGCCCCCACCGCCCUCCUUCCCCCAGGCCGCCGGGAGCUAGAGGAUAAAUCCGGGAGCAGCGGGGGCGACGGGCGCGGUGCGCGGACACGGCGGCAGCGGCCAGAGUCUCCCGGGGGACCCGCCGCCGACACGGGGAGACAGCAGUCGCGGCGGCGGCACUGCGUGCAGCCCUGCUGGAGACCGGUCUGCCGAGACCAUGGUGACGGCCGGAGAGCUCCGGGAGCUGGAGGGGAGCGCGUUGCGGCGGCUCCUGAGCCGGGACGAGCGCGAGCGCACCGGCGGUUCGGGCGUCGGGCCGGGCGAGGGCACGUGCCUGCUGCUGGACUGCCGGCCCUUCCUGGCCCAUAGCACGGGCAGCAUCCGCGGCGCGCUCCCCGUGCGUUGCCACACGAUCGCGCGCAGGCGCGCGCCCGACGGCCCGGGCCGCCUGGAGCAGCUGCUGCCGGCCACCGACGGGCCCGACGCCGAGGCCCGGAGCCGCCGCCUGCGCGCCGGUCUCUAUGGGGCGGUGGUGCUGUACGACCAGCGGAGCCGGCGCGCCGCCGAGGCUCUGCGCGCUCCUGACGGCGCUCUGGCCUGGGUGGUGCGCGCGCUGCGAGGGGCCGUGCCGCGCGCGCCCGCCCCGCUUUACCUGCUUCGAGGUGGUUAUGAGAAGUUUUCCUCUGAGUACCCAGAAUUCUGUUCCCAAGCCAAGUCCCUGGCCACCGUUUCUUCCCCCAUCCCCACCACCGUCCCAGAGCCUCCUGACCUGGGCUCCAGCUCCUGCGGCACCCCGCUGCAUGACCAGGGCGGGCCCGUGGAGAUCCUUCCCUUCCUCUACCUGGGCAGUGCCCAGCACGCAGCCCGGAGGGACACCCUGGAUGCCCUGGGGAUCACUGCACUGCUGAAUGUGUCCUUGGACUGCCCGAACCACUUCGAGGCCCAUUACCAGUACAAGUGCAUCCCCGUGGAAGAUAAUCACAAGGCAGACAUUGGUUCCUGGUUCAUGGACGCCAUCGAGUUCAUUGACUCAGUCCAAGCCCGCCAGGGGCGGGUGCUGGUGCACUGCCAGGCUGGGAUCUCGCGCUCGGCCACCAUCUGCCUGGCCUACCUGAUGAUGAAGAAGAAGGUGCGGUUGGAGGCGGCCUUCGAGUUUGUCAAGCAGCGUCGAAGCAUCAUCUCCCCCAAUUUCAGCUUCAUGGGGCAGCUGCUGCAGUUCGAGUCCCAGGUGCUGGCCACGUCCUGCGCCGCCGAGGCCGCCAGCCCCUCGGUGACGGUGGCUCGGGGGGAGCCGGCCAAGACCUCCCCCUCGGCGGCCCAGCUUGUCUUCAGCUUCCCCGUCUCGGCCCCCAGCAGCCUCCCCUACCUCCCCAGUCCCAUCACCACCUCCCCCAGCUGCUAGACGCUCCGGGGAGGGCUCUCACUCCCCCGUGUUGAGGCUGCAGCCCCGGGCCUCCUGGGGUGGGUAGGGGCCCCAUCAGCUUGCUUCCACGCUGGGGCCCCCCCUGCAGUCACCCUGGGUCUGAUCGGACUGCUCUUGAGAAGUGCAGGGCUGUCAGAGCUCCCCUUCAAACCCUGGCUCUGCCGCCGGCCCUGUGUGAGCCUGCUGCCCGGUGUGAGCCUGCUGCCCGGCGAGGGGCCGCUCAGCUUCCUCCCUCCUCCCGUCCCCGGGCCACCGCGGGCCUCCUCCUCCUCCUGCCUGGCCCCAGCCCCCCAGACAGGCCGGCCGGGACAAACCGGGACUAAGCUCACGGCCGCUCCGACACAGCAAUAAUGGCGCGUCGCCGCUACUGGACCCCCUGUCUCAGCUGGACACUGGGAAGGGCAGCUUCCCCUUUUCCAGCAGAAAUGUCUUAAGAGCCUCUUUUUGUGCAGCCCCAAGGCCUGGGCCCACGGGCGGCGGGUUGGUGGUCCCUUCCCUCGCUCCUGCCGGCUUCGGUGGCUGCCGUCACGUCUGUGUCUAAAGAAUCGUUUUCGUUCCAGAAGUCACAGACGGGCACGUCAGGAUAACAAACUGCCCAGAUGUUGAGGAACCUGUUUCCUCAGAGUGUGAAGUGCAGCCGGCCAGGGGUCAGCAAGGGGGAGGCGUGUGGUCCAGCAGGUCUUGGGCGCGGGGGGCACCGGGGCCUGUGGUGCUUUUAGAACCUCACGCAGCUUUUUUCCAAGAAUGGACUUGGUGGCUGGGGUCUCCCCCGAGAGGGUUCCCAGGUGCUGGUGGCAAUGGAAAGAACACUCCUGGGAUGGAGACCCCACCUGGUGGGUGGAGCUUCUGUUCCCCUGAUCCUAUGAAGAUGCUCUCCCCUUACAAGCACGGGGGACAUUAUGUCCCUGAGAUGUCCAAGCUUCAUGAGGGCCAUAAACCCUAUCUGAUGGCCCUAGGCUCUUGGUUAGGAUGAAUCAGCUCUCCAUCUUCUCCAUGACUAUCUCAUGGGUUGGCUAAAAGGGAGGCGCGCCCAGCAGCGCUCACUGCGCACACCCGGGGCCGAGACAGUCCCUUGUGACGUCUGUCCCUUCCUCAAAAUGAUAGCAGCCCCUGAAAGUUAUUCACCUGAGACUUGUAGCAACAGGAGCAAGCCCACAAUGCAUCCCUUAUUCUCAGGGAACUGAGAACAGUUCUCGAAAAUGGCCAUUCACUGAGGGGGAACUCUGGCCAUGCUGCUUGAUGAAACUGUAGACCUUCAAUCCCUUUUGGAAUGGAUCCUGUUACUAUUAGUAUUGAGCAAACAAAUCACUUCUCCACAACUCCCUUCACCAAUUCCUCUUGGUUCUGCCCUCUGGGGUCAAGCAGAACUAGACCAACCUCUUCUCUGGGAGAGAUUUUGGAAGACAACCGUCAUGGUUUCCCCGAACCUCCUCUGAGCCUGGCUCGGGCUGCCCAGCUCCCAGCCUGCUCUGACCCGGCCUCCAGGGAGGGCCCUCCUGGUAACCCUCUUGCCCCCGCCCUUCGCAUCCACGUGUGACCUGACUGGGCAAGGGGGAUAAUCUCUCUCCUGCCUGCCCAAAUGUCAUGUAAAAGAGUUCUCAAAUGCAAAACACAUUACGGUCUAUGGCAUGGGGGUCAGGCCUUGAUCCAGGAAUGGUUGACUAAGACUAGUCCUCCACCAUGUCACACACUCUGAGCAUCCUUGUCGCCUCGAGAUACCUGUGGUAGGUGCAGAAAUCUGUAGGCGUAUAUGCACGGUACCUGGAAAUUGGCUCACCAGGAGCCUCCGAGCCACUAACAUGCCCAGUGAAAAAGGAACUCUCUUCCAUGUUGUUCCAUUCCUUUGGAACAUUUGUCUUCCCGGAAAGGAGCCCUCUAGCAAACUACUGUUCUUAUGGAUGACGAGUCCUUUGGGUCCCUCGGACAUCCGGUUACAGCUGCCUGGGACCAGAAGGCGGAACCUGGGCACAAAAGGGCACCACCUAUAAUUUACUCGGUCACAAGCCAAGAGGUUCCCCCCCGGCUCCUGGGCAUGGGGGUGGGGAGACGUCCAUCCUAGGGAGAAAUCCUGCCCGCUGCGUUUCCUCUGGGCUUUCCCAGACCUUGUAUGGUUCCUUAUACGGAACCUCUCCCGGUGAGAUCACGAAUGCCAGGAACCUUCUCUCCUAAGCCUGGCAGUUCCGGGGUAGAUGUAUUAGUGGAUGCCUUCCCUGGGAGGAACCAGGCCUUAGUUCUCUGGGUGGGGAGAGGUAGGCAGGGGAAUGGCUCCAAGUUUCAGAAAGGAUUUGUUCUUUGCCUAUUUGGGAAGACAGUUUGGGGGGCCGGUUUCUGGGGAAGAAGGGCUAGAGGUUGAGAGCUGAGCAAAGGAGAGAACCAGCGUGGCUAGAAAGCUCUGGGGGCUCAGCCUUGAUGACCGGGACUCUGGGGCCCGGCGACUAUCCCAGGGAAUUCCUCUCCUCCUCCACACUGGUCUUCCUCCCAGAGACCAAGAAGGAAAAUGCCUUUCUGGAGAGCGGAGGGAGCAAAGCAAUACUCCCCUCCUCCCUUCUGUAAAUAGCCUCCCUCCUCUUGCAGAGGAAGAUUGUGUCUUGAUGUGUCUUGUGUCUGCUGUGCCUGUGUGGUGUGUAUCGUUUGGGUUUCGCUUUGUUCUCUGCUUGUUUCCUUGGUGGUUUUUAUUUAUUGCUCGAAGACGACCAUCUGAAGAAAAAUAAAUGCAUU